CUGAGCUGGAAGGGACCCAGGGAUCAUCACGUUGUCUGGGUGAUGGGGCCCGGCUGGCAUUCCCAGCUGCAGGCGGUAUUUUCGCCUCGGGACAGGCUGCUGCUGCUGCUGCAGAGCUUCACGGGCUACGCGGAGGCGGUGCUGAGCGGGCGGGCGGUGCCGCCGCCGCGGGGCCGGGGGCCCUGCAUGUCCGCGGGGCUCACGGCCAGGACCUUCUGGAGCACCAUGCUGAAACUCGGGGCCUUCUGCCAGCAGCUCCGGGACGAGGUUGGAAAAUAUCAGAAGGAGCACCUGAAAUGCAUCUUGCCAGAAGUUUUGGAGUCAGGAACUGCCUCAGAGGCUGCCCAGCCCGCUUCUGUGUGCCCAAAUGCCAGUGUCCAGCCCAGGGCUGGCCCCAGCCUGGCUCUGAGCACCCGCAGUGUCCCCACGCAGACCCCGGGGUCACACCUGGGCUCUUGUGACGCCUGCUCCAGCACCCAGGCCAGCCUCCAAGAGGUGGGCAGAGCCAUCACCAGCAUCUGCCAGAGCCAGAACAUCCCUUCAGCUCUCAGCAAAUUCCAGGAGGCGCUGGAGGACAGUGCAGGGAGAAGGAACCUCUCUGCAACAGACAUGAGCUACUGGGCCUCGGAGCAGAGCAAGGACCUCUCCAGGAUCAACAAACACCUCCAGGGGCUGCUGCAGCAGCUGAACCCCGUGAAGGCUGAGCUGGAAGAUGUGGGCAAACAGAAGGAGAAGCUGCAGAAACAGGUUGAGGACUUUUCCAGGAAGCUGCAGGCAGAGAAGGACACUCAAGCAGAGCAGCAGAAGAAGUCUGAGCAGAACCUGAAAGCCAAGGAAAAGGAGCACUCCGAGGCUGUGGCCAGACUGGAGCAGGACAAGGAUGACCUCAGGAGAGGAGCUGCUCUGCUGGAGGAGCAACUCUCGGCCCUGAAGGAGGAGCUGGCAGCAAAGGAGGUGGCUGUGCAGGAGCUGGAGCUCUCCAAGACCGCCUUGCUGGAGGAGAUGAGGACCACAAUGGUGGCCCAGAGCCAGGUGUUGGAGUUGGAGGAGAAGGUGCAGGUGCUCACAGGCCAGAGGGAGAGGCUGGAGCAGGAGCUGAGUGCCACCAGGAUGCAGCUGGAGAAGGAGAAGGUCCGUGUGGAGAGCAUGUUCCGGCACGAGGAGUCCCUGCAGGCCAAGCAGAGGACCCUGCUGCAGCAGCUGGACAGCCUGGACAGGGAGCUUGAGGAGCUGCAGGCCAACCUGGGAGAGGCCGAGGAGGACAAGGCCCGGCUGGCUGAGCAGCUGGAGCAGAGCCAGAAGCAGAGUGGGGAACAGCUCCAGGCACAGCAGGAGCUGCUGGACAUGCUGCAGCAGGAGAAGCUGGCACUGGAGCAAUCCAUCCUGGAGCUGCAGGCGAACACAUCCCAGCUGCAGGAACAGGCACAGGAGCUGAGGGAGCGGGAAAGGCUCCUGGUGUUCUUCCCCGAUCUCCACAUGCCCACUGAGACACAGUUUGAGAGCAGUGGAAACUUUGCAGAGGACAUGAAGAGUCAGCUCCAGGCCAACAAGAUCCGGAUUGAGGUGCUGGAGAGGGAGAACACACAGCUCGAGGCUCUGCUCGCCAAGGUGAAGGCAGCAGCUGAGCAAGGUGUGCUCAAGCUUGUCCCACAGGCCCAGCUGGGGUCCCAGCUCCACAGGGAGGCCAGCAGGCAGGACACUGGGCGGCUCAGCAGCGGGAGCAGCGGGGACAGCCCAGGGAUGCCAGGAUGCAUUGACAAGGCCUGGCACAGAGCUCCCAGCAGCCAGCACUCCAAGAAACUCCGGGCAGAGCCCUCACCUCAGGCCAAACCCUGCCUCACGCUCCCAGUGCGACGCCUGGGGUUUGGCCUCCCCUCACUCCACACCGGGGCUCACCGCAAAUAAACAGGAUCAGUCUGAA